CUUGCUUUUUUGCGGCAUUUUUGAAUCACCCAAAUUUUCCACCCACACAAUCAUCAAAUAACCUUUUAGUAUUGAUUGUCAUCAUCUAAAAAUUCAUCAAUAUAACAACAACAACAACAUAAAGGAUGGAAACAGAUAGUCCAGUUAUUCCUACACAAUCUAAUCAUGGCAUUUUCGCAAGUGUAGAAGAAUAUGUUAGUUUUAUGGGUGGCAACAAGAUAAUCAAAAAGAUACUGAUAGCAAACAAUGGUAUUGCCGCAGUUAAAGGAAUUCGUUCAAUGAGAAAAUGGUGUAAUGAAGUUUUUGGUAAAUCAGAUGAAAUUAAAUUCGUAGUAAUGGCUACACCUGAAGAUAUCCAAGCCAAUGCCGAAUAUGUUAGAUUGGCUGAUGAAUUAGUCAAAGUACCAGGUGAAUCGAAUUAUAACAAUUACAGCAAUGUUAAAUUAAUAGUAGAUAUUGCUGAACAAUUUUGUUGUGAUGCAGUUUGGCCAGGUUGGGGACACGCUAGUGAAAAUCCAGAACUUCCAUUUUCACUUUCACAAACUAAACGACAAAUUGCUUUUAUUGGUCCAGACAGUGUACCAAUGGAAGCUUUGGGAGACAAGAUUUCUUCCACAAUUUUGGCUCAAGCAGCUGGUGUUCCUUGUAUUCCAUGGUCUGGUUCCGAGGUUCACUACGAUAUUACAAAGAGUGGUUUACCAAUUCCUGAAGACAUUUAUUUAAAGUGUUGUAUCACUUCUGAAUCAGAAGCUUUGAAAUGUGCAAAUAAGAUUGGAUAUCCAAUAAUGAUUAAAGCUUCUGAAGGUGGUGGUGGUAAAGGUAUUCGUAAAGUAGCAAAUGAUAUUGAAUUGAAAUUGGGAUUUUCACAAGUUAAAAAUGAAGUGCCGGGAUCUCCUAUUUUCUUGAUGAAACUCUCUAGUGAAAGUAGACACUUGGAAGUUCAAGUUGUUGCUGAUAAACAUGGUAAUGCUCUCGCAUUAUAUUCAAGAGAUUGUUCCGUUCAAAGAAGACAUCAAAAGAUUAUUGAAGAAGGUCCAGUUACAGUUGCUCCAAAGCACGUUAUUGAUAAAAUGGAAGCUGCAGCUGUCACACUUGCUCGUAGUGUUAAUUAUAGUGGUGCUGGUACAGUUGAAUAUCUUUAUGAACCUGCUACUGAACAUGUUUACUUUUUGGAAUUGAAUCCUAGAUUGCAAGUUGAACAUCCAGUCACAGAAUGGAUUACACUCACCAAUAUUCCAUCUAUCCAACUUCAAAUUGCUAUGGGAAUAUCAUUAAAUCGUAUUCCAGAUAUUAGAAGAUUCUUUGGUGUUCAAUUGAAGGAUCUCUACACUGUUGAACCACAAAUUGAUGUUAACGAUGCUGCUAGGAGACAACCUCCAGUUGGUCACGUUAUUGCUUGCCGUGUUACAGCUGAAAAUCCAGAAAGUGGGUUCCAACCAACUUGUGGUUCUGUUGUUGAACUUAACUUUAGAACAAAUCCAAACGUUUGGGGAUAUUUCUCAAUUCGUUCCCAAGGUGCCAUCCACGCUUUCUCUGAUUCUCAAUUCGGUCACAUUUUCACAAAGGGUGAAACAAGAGAAGAAGCAAGAAAGACUAUGCUUUCAACACUUUCUGAAUUAGCCAUCAGAGGCGAAAUCAGAACAACAGCUGAAUAUUUACAAUCACUUUUGAAGUUUGAUGAUUAUGUUAAUAACAAUUAUACAACAUCAUGGUUGGAUAAUCUUAUUUCAAAGAAAAUUAAAUUGGAAAAGCCUGAUACACUUUUAGUAGUUACUUGUGGUGCAGUCCAUACUCUCCACAGAAUGGUUUCCGAGAGAGCCAAGAAUUGGAUUUUGGCUGUUGAAAGAGGACAGGUUCCUUCAUUUGACAAUGUUGAUGUACACUACUCUAUUGAACUUAUUUAUGAAAAUAUUAAAUAUCAAGUUGACGGAGUUAGAAGUGGACCAAACAAAUAUACUUUGGCUUUGAAUGGAUCUACAAUAGAAGCUGAAUUGUCUGAAUUGAGAGAUUCUGGAUUACUCAUUGUUGUUGACAAUGGAUCACACGUCUCUUAUGCCAGUGAAGAACCUUCGGGCCUCAAACUUACACUUGACGGUAAGGUUUGUAUGUUUACUAAGGAAUUCGAUCCAUCUCAAUUGAGAUCAACAUUGAGUGGUAAAUUCAUGAAGUAUUUGGUUGAAAAUGGUGCUCAUGUUAAACCAAAUACUCCAGUUGCUGAAUUGGAAGUCAUGAAGAUGAUUGUCACUGUUUAUGCUCCACUUCCAGGUAGAGUUAAUCACUGUCUUGUUGAUGGUACUGGUGUUAACCAAGGAGAUAUCAUUGCUAUAAUCGAUCUUGAUGAUAAAUCCCAAGUUAAGAGAUCACUUCCAUUCGAAGGCCAAUUCCCUCCUGCUGCUAAGGUUAAUGCAAGACUUCCUCCAAAUAGAGUUGUUUCUUCUGCUUUGGAAACUGUUCAAAACUUGUUGGCUGGUUAUGAUUAUCCUGCUUUCAUUUUCAAUGACAAACUCUCAGAAACCAUGUUGUCACUCAGAAAACUCGGUGAUAGAAAUGUUAUUAUCCAUGAAAUGAUUGAAAAGCUUUCAGUUUUGAGAAAAUUCUUACCAGUAUCAUUGGUUAGAGAAGUCAAUAACCUUUUGCAAAAGAGAAAGAUUGAAUACGACGAAUAUUGUUGCAAGGAUGAUAAUGAUCACACCCAAGAUGUUUACAAUGAGGAUUUAGUUAAGGAAAUUACUUCUAUUUUCAAGAACUUUGAAAGUGGUCUUGAAGGAGCUAAGAAGGAAGAAUUCCUCAUCGCUGCCAAACCAGUUUUUGAACUUUUGGAACUCUUCAAUAAUGGAUACAAGCAACAUGCUUUCUCCACUCUCGCCAAAUUACUUGAAGAAUAUAUUCAAACUGAAAAGAUCUUUGAUACCACUGGUGGUAAGAGAAGAGAAGCUGUUUGGUUUGAAUUGAGACAAAAACACUCUGAAAACCUCAACAAGACUUACCAAAUUGGUCUCUCCCACUUUAGACUUAGCAGUAAGAAUAAGGUUAUUCGUUCUCUUUUAGAAAUUAUUGAAGAACUCGACAUGGUUAAGGAAUCAACUCCACUUUUGGAUGAAUUGGCUUCAUUUGUUGCUCCAGAAUUCAGUGAUGUUGCUGUUGCUGCUAAACACAUCCUCACCUCAAGUAGAUUGCCUUCUAAGCAAAGAAUGAAGGAUGAAAUGGAAGGAUACUUUAAGGAUGGACUUGAAGCUGUUGAUAAUCAACAAAAGCUUGCUUGUUUGAAGGAAUUAAUUGUCAAGUCUAACUAUAGUUUCGACAUUCUUCUUGAAUUCUUCUCUGAUCCAGAUGAAAGAAUUGCUAACUUGGCUGCUGAAGUCUACAUCAGAAAGGCAUACUGUACUUUUGAUAUUGAUAUUUCAAGAGUUACCUCCCAACCAAAGUUCAAGACUGUUGAAUUUAGUUUUAUGAAUACUGAAAAGUCCACUUCAGGUUCAUUAAAGUCUGAUGGUAUUGUUGGUUCUAUUUCUAUGGACUGUUUGAGCAGUCUCUCAGAGACUGAAGAUAACAUUGGUUUUGGUGUUUUGGCUAUCUUUGAUUCUGUCAGUGAUAUUGAUGCUCACCUUCCAGAUGUUAUGAAGAUCUUUGAAAAUAACGACGAUGCUGACAAUACUAAUGUUUUGAAGAUUUUGUUGAGAGCUCACGGACCAACACCAAAUGAUGUUGAACUUCUCCCAUCCCUUACUAACCUUUUGAAGAAGCACAGCGAAUCUCUCCAAUAUAACGAAAUUAAGAGAGUUACUGUUGUCGUUGAAGUUCAAGAUAAAUUGCCAUUCUACUUUACUUUCAGACAAAGAUUCAACUAUGACGAAGAUCCAAUGUACAGACAUAUUGAACCUACACUUGCCUUCCAACUUUUCCUUAAGAAAUUAUCUAAUUAUAACAUUACUCCAUACCCAUGUAAGGAUCCAUCUGUUCACGUUUUCUAUGGUCAAAAGAAGAAGGAGCUUGGUUUGAAUAGAUAUGAUUUCUUGAAUAAGAGAUUCUUCGUUCGUACUUUGGUAUUGCAAGGUGAUAUCUUCACUGAAGAAAAUCCUGAAGAAUUGCAAAUUUCAGAACUUGAAAGAUAUGUUGUUGCCUCAAUCAAUGCUUUGGAAAUUGCUAUGGCUGAUAAGAAUUACCCAACUAGUUAUGCUAAUCACAUUUUCGUCAAUUUCUUACCUGAAGUUGUUGUCAAGGCAGAUAUGGUAGGUGAAAUUAUUGAAAGAUUCCAAAAGGUUUAUGGUAAGAGAUUGUGGAAGUUGAGAGUUAGUGAAGUUGAAGUUAGAUUCACUGCUAAAUUCUCCCGAACCUCUCAACCACAAACCUUUAGAUUCAUUGCUCUUGAUGACACUGGUUACAAUCUUACAUUGGACGUUUACAGAGAAGAAAAGGAUCAAACUACUGGUAGAACCGUUUACAAGACUGUUGUUGGUGAAAAGAAGCCAUUGGAAGGUUUGGAUGUUAAUAUUCCUCACCCUAUUCUCCAAGCUGUUGAUCAAAAGAGAGUUCUUGCUCACAACAAUGAUACAUCCUAUGUCUAUGAUUUCCCAUACUUGUUCGAAAGAGUUGUUCGUUCCAUGUGGAAAGAACAUAACGAUUUGACUAAGGAAGACAUUCCAAGCACUUUCAUCAGUCUUACUGAAUAUAUUCUCGAUACAACUGGCAAAUUCUUGAUUGAAAAUCCAGUCAAGAAUGCUAUAGGUAAGAAUACAUGUGGUAUGGUUGUUUGGAAGGUUACUUUGUUCACUCCAGAAGCUAAGGAUGGCAGAGAUAUGAUUUUAAUUGCCAACGAUAUCACAUAUCAAUCUGGUUCUUUUGGUGUUAUUGAAGAUGAAGUAUUCCAAUUGGCUAGUGAAAUGGCUAGAAAGUUGAAGAUUCCAAGAUUCUACAUUGCUGCCAACUCUGGUGCUAGAAUUGGUUUGGCUGAUGAAGUCAGAGAAUUAUUCAAGAUUGAAUGGAACGAACCAAAUGAUAGCACUAAGGGCUUCAAAUAUCUUUACCUCACUCCAAAUGAUUACGAAAAACUUCAAAAGACCAACUCUGUCAAUGCUGUUGAAAUUGAAGUUAACGGAGAAAAGAGAUGGAAGAUUAUUGACAUUAUUGGUAAGGAAAAUGGUAUUGGUGUCGAAAAUUUGAGAGGAUCUGGUAUGAUUGCUGGUGAAACUUCUCGUGCCUAUGAAGAAGUUUUCACUAUGAAUUAUAUUGCUGCAAGAAGUGUUGGUAUUGGUGCCUAUGUUAAUCGUCUUGGUCAAAGAAUUAUUCAAAAUAGAAAAGCUCCUAUCUUGCUCACUGGUGCUGGUGCUUUGAAUAAGGUUUUGUCUAGAGAAGUUUAUACCAGUAAUUUGCAAUUGGGUGGUAUUCAAAUCAUGAAUCCUAAUGGUGUCACUCACUUGAUUGCUAAGGAUGACUAUCUUGCUAUCAAGGAUGCUCUCAAGUGGUUGUCAUAUGUUCCAAAGUCAGUUGGUUCUGCACUUCCAAUCUUGAAGACUCUUGAUGAUCCUGAACGUCAAAUUCAAUACCUCCCAGUUGAAGGUAGCCACUAUGACUUUAGAGAAAUGUUGGUUGGUAAGACUGUUGAAGGUGAAAAUGGAGAAUCAACAUGGUUGAGUGGUUUCUUUGAUAAGAACUCAUUCUUUGAAACUUUGACUGGUUGGGCAAAGAAUAUUAUUGUUGCUCGUGCUAGACUUGGUGGUAUUCCAAUGGGUGUUAUUGCUGUUGACACAAAGACCUAUGAACAAAUUAUUCCUGCUGAUCCUGCUGAUAGUAACUCUAGAGAAAGAGUAGUUCAAAAAUCUGGCCAAGUCUGGUAUCCAGAUUCUGCAUUCAAGACUGCUCAAGCAAUCAAUGAUUUCAACAAGGGAGAACAAUUGCCACUCAUGAUCUUUGCUAACUGGAGAGGUUUCUCUGGUGGUCAAAGAGAUAUGUUUGAUGAAAUCCUCAAGUUUGGUUCUUACAUUGUUGAUGCUUUGACCAAUUACAAGCAACCAGUUUUUGUUUACAUUCCACCAAAUGGUGAAUUGAGAGGUGGUGCUUGGGUUGUUGUUGAUCCAAUGAUCAAUAAUGAUGUUAUGGAAAUGUUUGCUGAUGAUAAGUCCAAGGGUGGUAUUUUGGAAGCUUCUGGUAUUGUUGAAAUUAAGUACAGAAAGCAAGAAAUUGUUGCUACUAUUCAACGUUUGGAUGCUGAAUAUAUUAACCUUGCCAAGGAAUUGGGAAGAUCAGACAUUUCUUUGAAGGAAAAGGAUGAAAUCAAGGUCAAGAUGGGUAAGAGAGUUGAAAAGUUGAUUCCAAUUUAUACUCAAGUAGCUGAAUGUUUUGCUGAUCUCCAUGAUACUCCAGGUAGAAUGAAGGCUAAGGGUGUUAUUACCGAAAUCAUUUCUUGGAAGACUGCUAGAACUUACUUCUACUGGAGAUUGAAGAGAAAGAUUCUCGAAUUCAAUUUGUUGAAGGAAUUAAGUGAAUGUGUAGAUGCUCAAUCAAACAAGUUAUCUAUCAAGAGAGAAAUCCUCAGACAAAAGGUCAUCAAUAAUGAACAAGUUUGGACUAACGAUAGAGAAUUCUUGUCUUGGAUUGAAGAUAAUAAGGAAACUGUUACACAAGCCAUUGCUACAUUGAGAGGUGAAAAGGUCAAGCAAGAUAUUCUUUCAUUAUGUUCUUCAGGUAAUUUAGGUUCAGUUUGUGAUGGUUUGCUUUCCUUCUUGGAAAAUAACAGUGAUGCUGUUGGUGAAUCUCUUAAGGAAAAGCUGAGAAAAUUGCUCUAAAUUAUUUUGUAAAAUAUUUUAAUUCAAACCUCUUUUAGUCU